CGGGACCAGCGGACCAUUGGCAAUCACAACCCACAACAACCCACUCACCCGUACAUAAACGCGCCGGUUGCCUUGCUCUCUCUCAGCAAACCACUGCCCCUCUCCUCAACUUCCAACUCACAAUUAACCACACCCACACAUAACCACAACAACCAACACCCUGGCGCAAUGUCUACUUCUGGCCAAUACCACAUCCCGUUCCCCAAGAACUUUCUCUCUCUCAACACGCCCCUCAAGCGCGCUGGCGAUGUCCCUUCCAGCACCAGCAGUAACGAGCUAUCCAUCGCCGCCGUCGCUCAGCUGCCCGAGCAGCCUGCUCACGGGUUUCUUUCCAACCGGUCCGUCAGCAUGCCCCGACACCAGUCGGUUUCCUCAGUCGCGUCGACUUCCACCGCCACAGACUCUGUUGGUGGCUCGCCACCUAGUCUACCCGCAAAGGAUGCCCGUUCACCAAGCGUUAGCGAGGCGACUUUCGCUCCUCUGGCGCUUAACACCUGUCAUGCGCCGCUCCCUCCGCGUAGCCACCGCGAGAUUGAGGAUCGGGGCGUGAAGAGCUGGUUCUUGACUAACAGGCGCUAAGCCAUCACACUCGGAGUGCGAACGGACCUCAAAGUGCGCAGCACGAGGCAUCGAGGGAGUGGAUGCAUCAAUUUGCCUGACGGAACAGACAAGUGUACACGGGCGUUAUGACUUACAACAUUGUUCCUUUUGACCGAGAAGCCACACGCGGCACAAAAUCCAGACUACACACGGUCUUGGGACGGCGUUUGGCCUGACAAUCAGGUCGCAGCACAGUUACAUACACACUCUUGAUUACAAUCCAACCUAAAAUUCAAGUUUCUGCCCGCGGCUGCU